AUGUGCUCUGAGACGGGCUCCAGGUGCACGGGCAUGCUGCUCUUGGCCUUAGCCACCGCAGCCAUCAUUGCCAACCUCCUGCUGUACUUUCCCAAUGGCCAGGUGCUGGAGCCGGCCAAGAUCACAGACUUGGUGUGGUUUUUCCACGGCUUUCUUGGAGCUGGACUCUUGGUGAUGGUGCCAGCGCUAAUGUUGCUGAGAGGAGAUGGAGACGGCUGCUGUGCUUACAGAUGUGGGAUGCUGUUCCCUGUGCUUCUGGCCACACAGGGCACUGCUGGGGCUCUGUACUGUGUGGUCAUUUCUUCUCUGGGUUUGCUCAGUGGCCCCUUCUGUGAUACAGGCAAUGGAAACUACACCUACCCUUUCAGGAACAACACCCUGGAGGACAGCUACUUAUUCAACCAGCCCACCUGGGCCGCCUGCCAAGAGCCUGAGCAGAUCGUCCUCUGGAACGUAGUCUUGUUCUCCAUCCUCCUGGGAAUCGGCGUGGUGGAAGCUGUGCUUUGCCUUAGCCAAGUCAUCAGUGGACUCUGUGACAUCUUCUGUGGCACCUGUGUCCGAAAAGGACAGGUGAACAUAACCGGCUUAUGACCAGCCUUAGAAAUCACAGCUGAUUGAGAGACGAAGGAGAGUUGCCCAGGUUCAGAAGGACUGGAGUUCCGAGAGGCUGAGAAAAAAGCUCCCAACUUUCUUACCAGGGUAGAUUUUUAUAAAGGGACCACAGUUUUGACCUU